CGGAGCCGCAGCCGAGGUCUCUCCGCGCGCAUCACCACCACACCGCUGCGAGAGACAACCCGGAGAGACAGCACGAGAGGGAGGAAGCCGUGGAGAGAUUUGGCAAAGAACGGCGCGCGCUCGUGCUGACGUCGGUUGUGUCGUUGGGCAGCAGACCUCGUGCAGCAGAAGACCGCACCGCCGGGCUCUCCGCGCUCUUCUCCCCGCUCGCGCCCGAAGGAGCCGCCGCGCGUAACCUGGAAGGACGAGGGGACUUGUCGUUAGGUGUCUUUUUUUUUUUUUCCCUCACUUUCAACAAUUUACGCGCAAGUGGCCGGCAGCCGACCCCGGAGUCGGGCCGAGUGGGGGCUCCGUGUCCAGGUGAAAGCCGCCGGUGUCGUGCUCGCAGCUCCCUGAGGUGGAGAGCGAUUUUUUUUUUCCUGAGAAAUCUUCUCCACCUGGACUUUUGACCCGAGGAAGGAGCCGCCAGGUGAACUGCGCUUGACGGGAGCGGCACCAACAGAGUCUCGGGGGGACCGAGUUCGGUACUUGAGCAGCUGAGGAGGGAGGGGGGGACUGUGGUGGUGCUGGUGGGGGUCGAAGAGCCAGAAAACCCUGCGAAAAUGCCUCUUGCUCAGAUAGCGGAGCCAUGGCCCACAAUGGAACUGCUGCAGCUGGAAACCGAGAAUGGGCAGAGCACUGCUGAGGACGGAGACACGGCUGCUGUCAAGAACAAGUCUCAUAUCACCUGGAUAGAGAGGGAUUUUGCCAAUAUUAGAGUCAAGGAAGAUGGAGACAUCAAGGAGAUCAACAUUACCCACGUGGUCAAAGAGGGCUCCGAGAAGGCUGAUGCCUCUCAGUUUGAGCUGCUCAAGGUGUUGGGACAAGGAUCCUUUGGGAAGGUGUUCCUGGUGCGAAAGGUGACCCACCCCGAUGCCAACCAGCUCUAUGCCAUGAAGGUCCUCAAGAAGGCCACGCUCAAAGUGAGAGACCGUGUGAGGACCAAGAUGGAGAGAGAUAUCCUUGCCGAUGUCAACCACCCAUUUGUUGUCAAACUGCACUAUGCAUUCCAGACUGAAGGGAAGCUGUACUUGAUCCUGGACUUUCUUAGAGGAGGCGAUCUCUUCACCAGACUCUCCAAAGAGGUGAUGUUCACAGAGGAGGACGUAAAGUUUUAUCUAGCAGAGCUGGCGUUGGGGCUGGACCACCUCCACAGCCUGGGCAUCAUUUACAGGGACCUCAAACCUGAAAACAUUCUUCUGGACGAGGAGGGACACAUCAAACUCACAGAUUUUGGCUUGUGUAAAGAGGCCAUUGAUCAUGAGAAGAAAGCGUAUUCCUUCUGUGGUACUGUUGAGUAUAUGGCACCGGAGGUCGUCAACCGGCAGGGACACGACCACAGCGCCGACUGGUGGUCAUUUGGAGUAUUAAUGUUUGAGAUGUUGACCGGAUCGCUGCCAUUUCAAGGGAAGGACCGCAAAGACACUAUGGGCCUGAUCCUGAAGGCGCGUCUGGGAAUGCCUCAGUUCCUGAGUGCAGAGGCCCAGUCUCUGCUCAGGGCUUUGUUCAAGAGGAACCCCACCAACAGACUGGGAUCCUGUGCUGACGGUGCAGAGGAGAUCAAGCGGCACGGUUUCUUCUCAACCAUCGACUGGAAUAAACUCUUCAGAAGAGAAUUAAAACCUCCAUUCAAACCAGCGGUGGCCCGUCCGGACGACACCUUCUACUUCGACUCAGAGUUCACCUCCCGCACCCCAAAAGACUCCCCUGGCGUGCCCCCCAGUGCCGGCGCUCACCAGCUCUUCAGAGGAUUCAGCUUUAUCGCCUCGACUCUGCUGGAAGAGGAAGAUUCGGUGGAGUCUGUCAAGCCCCCGCCGCACCCUGUGGUCCAGCAAUUACACGGGAAGAAUCUGCUCUUCAGUGAUGGCUACAUUUUAAAGGAAGACAUCGGCAUGGGCUCCUUCUCCGUCUGUAAGCGAUGCAUCCACAAAGCCACCAACACUGAAUACGCUGUCAAGAUGAUUGACAAGACCAGCACAGACCCCUCUGAGGAGAUUGAGAUUCUUCUUCGAUACGGCCAGCACCCAAAUAUCAUAACGCUGAAGGAUGUGUAUGACAACGGUAAGCAGGUGUUCAUGGUGACGGAGCUGAUGCGUGGAGGAGAGCUGCUGGAUCGGAUCCUUAAACAGAAGUCCUUUUCGGAGAGGGAGGCCAGCGCUGUGCUUCACACCAUCACCAAGACUGCGGAGUACCUGCACUCCCAGGGGGUGGUGCACAGAGACCUGAAGCCCAGCAACAUCCUCUAUGUUGACGAGUCGGGGAAUCCGGAGUCCAUCAGGAUCUGUGACUUUGGCUUCGCUAAGCAACUGCGUGCCAACAACGGCCUGCUGAUGACGCCGUGCUACACUGCUAACUUUGUAGCUCCUGAGGUGUUGAAGCGUCAGGGCUAUGAUGAAGGAUGCGACAUAUGGAGUCUGGGAGUCUUGCUGUACACCAUGCUGGCCGGUUUUACCCCAUUUGCCAACGGACCUGAGGACACCCCGAAUGAGAUCUUGAACAGGAUAGGCAACGGCCACUUCAGUCUGACCGGAGUUAACUGGGACACUGUGUCUGACGCAGCCAAGGACCUUGUUUCCAAGAUGUUACACGUGGACCCCCAUCAGAGACUGACCGCUAAGCAGGUCCUCAAACAUCCCUGGAUUGUCCAAAGAGACAAGCUACCCAGCAGCCAGCUCCCACACCAGGACCCCAAACUGGUCAAGGGGGCGAUGGCGGCCACCUACUCGGCCCUGAAGAACUCCCAGCCAACCCCGGAGCUCAAGUCCAUCGACUGCUCCUUCCUAGCUCAGAGGCGCGUCAAGAAGCUUCCGUCCACCUCGCUGUAGAGACUCGACGACAACAA